AUGGGGAACGCAGAGGGGAGGGAAAUGUUUGCUGUGCUGUUCUAUGCUGCUGGUGGUGUGGUGACCCCGAGGUCCUCCCCUUCCUCCCCGUCCUCUCCUCCCUCUCACUCGUCUUCUUCUCCCUCCUCUGCCCCCUUACAUUCUCUUCCGAACGCUCUAUUCCCAUCCUUCCGCCCGCCCUUAUCAUCCCUAUCGCCAUCCCCACCCUCUCCGCCGCCCUACCGCGCAUCUGCUCGAGCGUCUCCUCCUCCCCCCGCAGCGCUCCCGGCUUCAGCGCAUGCCGCGCCCAACAGCGGUCCGCGGGCGGAAACGCAGGACAGCUUGGGGAAGGACACGGGGAGCGGAAGGGGCGGAUCGGAGCGGAGUUGGGUGAGGGGGAAAGGGGUAGAGGAUGACGGGAGCAGCGGGGCUGACAGCCCGGGCAGGCGCGGGGAAAGUGGUGGAGGUGAUAGGGCGAAUCGCGGGGAAAACUUUGUUGGCGGGUAUGAUGGCGCGGUUGAUGCUAGCGACGCGGCUAGGCGCGGAGAUGGGGGGAACGGGAGUCUAGCGCCUACCGCAGGGUUUCGAGAAGGUGUAGAUAGGGCAAACGAGGCGAGUGGGGAGUCUUUGGAAGCGGGCGGCAGUGGGAGCGCUGUGAGGGCGCGCAAGGAAUGGAAAGCGUACGAGGGGGUUGAUAGGUCGCAACUUCGGAAGAGGAGGAAGGGGAAGCAAAAUGCGGAGGAGGCGGAGCGGGGAUGGGGGGUAGGCGAUGAGAGCGUGGAUCGUGUGGUGGAGCGCGUAAUGCGGCUGAAUUUCUGGGAUGACGUGGACGGCGUGCUGAACCGGUGGAGCGGGCGCAAGAACCGGAAGCUGUUCCUGCCGUUGAUUAAAGCCGUGUCGGCGCACGGGGACCUGCGCAUGGCGCUCAAGGUGUUCGCGUGGAUGAAGGCGCAGCGCUGCUACCGCGCGCAGCCGCCCAUCUACUCGCACCUCAUGCACCUCGCCGCGCGCUCGCGCAAAGUCAACCGCGCGCGGGAGCUCUUCCGCGAGAUGCUGGAGUGGUGGUGCAAGCCGGACGUGCACGUGUACAUUGCGCUCAUGUCCGCGCACGCGCGCAUGGGCGACUGGCAGGCGGCUGUGCAUACCUUCGACUCUAUGCUGCGGGACAAGCCCUUCUCUUCCCUUCUCUUUCAGUCCCUCUCUUUUGGUCCCUUUUUCCCUUCCGGCCCCCUCACCUUUCCCCCCAUCUUCCACAAUCUUCCACAAAUUCCCCAUCCGGUUCCCUUCCCGGUCCCCCCGAGUCGCGAGGCGUACAACGCGCUGAUCAACGCGUGUGGCAGCACGGGGCAGUGGCAGCAGGCCCUUCUCAUGUUCGACCGCAUGCAGGCGGACGGAGUGGCCCCCGACAUCGUCUCGUACAACACGCUGCUCACCGCGCUCAAGAACGCCCAGCAGUUCCGCCACGCGCUCUCCCUCUUCUCGCGCCUCCCUCUGGUCUCCUCACCACCCUGUCCCCUCCCAUCCAAUCCCCUUUCCUGGUCCCCUCCCUCCUCCCCCUUUCCCCCCCAGGUGCCCCCGAGUCGGGAGGCCUACAACGCCUUGAUCAACGCGUGUGGCAGCACGGGGCAGUGGCAGCAAGCUCUCCUAAUGUUCGACCGCAUGCAGGCGGACGGAGUCGCCCCCGACAUUGUCUCGUACAACACGCUGCUCACCGCGCUCAAGAACGCCCAGCAGUUCCGCCACGCGCUCUCCCUCUCCCUCUCCCUCACUGCUCCCCUCCCCCUCCUGUCCCUUCCAUCUGAUUCCCUCCUUUCCUGGUCCCCUCCCUCCUCCCCCUUUCCCCCCCAGGUGCCCCCAAGCCGCGAGGCCUACAACGCGCUGAUCAACGCGUGUGGCAGCACGGGGCAGUGGCAGCAGGCCCUUCUCAUGUUCGACCGCAUGCAGGCGGACGGAGUCGCCCCCGACAUCGUCUCGUACAACACGCUGCUCACCGCGCUCAAGAACGCCCAGCAGUUCCGCCACGCGCUCUCCCUCUUCUCGCGCCUCCGCGCCGGCAGCUUCCCCGGCGCGCGGCCCGAUCAGAUCUCGCACAACAUCGCCCUCUGCUGCCACGCGCGCCUGGGGGAGUUUGACGAGGUGCUGGGGAUGUUUGAGCGGAUGAAGGGCGGGGUGAGGAGCGGUGCGGCGUGGAGACCGAAUCUGGUGACUUAUAAUGUUGUGUUGCAUGCGCUGGCGGCGAGUGGACGGCACAGAGAGGCGCAGGCGCUGUUUGAUAGUAUGCUGGCGGAGAGUGGGGGGACGGGGGGAGGGGGCGGCGCAGGGGGGAAGGCAGGCGGCGCAGGGGGAGGGGGACGCGCAGGGGGGAAGGGAGGCGCUGGGGGAGGGGGAGGACGAGGGGGAGGGGGGGGCGUGGGAACAGGCAUCCAGCCGAACCGAGUAACCUACAACACGCUCCUGGACGCAUAUGCAGCGUGGGGCAUGCACAGAGAAGCCCGCACCGUCUUCGACUCCAUGCGCAAAGCCGGCAUAGAGCCCGACGUGGUCUCAUACUCUUCCCUCAUCAACGCCUACAGCAAGGCGGGGCGCCCGGAUGAUGGGGCAGCGGUGCUGGCGCUGAUGAGAAGGAGGUUUUGUUCGCCCAAUGUGGUGACGUUCAACGCGCUGAUUGACGCGUUUGGGCGCGUGGGGAGGUUAGAUGAGGCUCUCGCGGUUAAGGCUGAGAUGGAAGCUGUGGGGUUGGGUGUUGCGGGGAGAGUGGGAGGGGGAGUGGGGGCAGGGAACGGGGGUGCAGGAACGGGGAAUGGGGGAGUUGGGGUGGGAGGCGGGGUGAAGGGAGGGGUGAAUGGGGGAGUGAAUGGAGAGGUGGGGAUGGGCACCAAAGUCGCCCCCACCGCCGUCACCUACUCGGCCCUCAUCGCCGCGUGCGGGCGCGCCAACCGCCCCGAGCAGGCUAUACUCCUGGCCGCAGAGGCCGAAGCAGCGGGGGUGCAGCUCAACACGACGACGUACAACGCGCUCCUGUGGGUGGCUGCGCGAGCGGGGGACGGCGCGCAGGUGGCGAGGAUUGCGGAGAGGAUGGUGGAGCAGGGGGUGGAGUGGGACGAGAUUACUUUCAACGUGCUGGUGGACUAUGCGGGGAAGGAGGGAAGGGUUGGGGAUGCGGAGGGGCUGUUUGAGGAGAUGCAAAGAAGGGGUAUGAGCGCCACGGUGGAGGCUGCUUCCUCGCUUAUGGAUGCUUAUGCCAAGACGGGCAUGCUAGCAGAGGCGUAUGUGCUAUUAGAGCGCAUGACAGCACUGGGAUGCCCGCCCAACGUGGUCACCUUCACAUGCCUCAUCGAGACUGCUGGCAGGGCAGCACACCUCACUCUUCCUUCUCCAACCAUCCCUCACCCUCCUCUCCCUCCUCUCCCCUUUCUCCCCUCUCUUCCCCCUCUCCUUCCCUCCCUCUCCCCACAUCUUGCUCCCUCUUUCCCACCUCUUCCUUCCUUCCACCCCUCGCAAAUUCGAAUUGCAGGAGCACCGGACGACGCAGAGGCGAUAUUUGAGCGCAUGAGAGCAGCGGGGGUGGCACCAGACGCAGUGGCAGUUGCAGCUCUGCUGCGUGCACUUAACCUGUGCGAGCGGCACGCUCGGUGCUUGCAGGUUGCUCGCAUGGUCACUGCUGAGGCACAGCGAGCGCAGCAGCAACAGCAUGAGGAGGAGGAGGAGGUGGGGGGAGAGGGGGGAGGGGGAGUGGCACCGUUGGGCAUGGACGUGUUCACAGAAGUGGUCAUAUAUGCACGCUCACAGCAUCUGCACGCUCACAGCAUCUGCACGCUCACAGCAUCUGCACGCUCACAGCAUCUGCACGCUCACAGCAUCUGCACGCUCACAGCAUCUGCACGCUCACAGCAUCUGCACGCUCACAGCAUCUGCACGCUCACAGCAUCUGCACGCUCACAGCAUCUGCACGCUCACAGCAUCUGCACGCUCACAGCAUCUGCACGCUCACAGCAUCUGCACGCUCACAGCAUCUGCACGCUCACAGCAUCUGCACGCUCACAGCAUCUGCACGCUCACAGCAUCUGCACGCUCACAGCAUCUGCAGCCCCCCACAGCAUCUGCAGCCCCCCACAGCAUCUGCAGCCCCCCACAGCAUCCACUCUUUUGCUCAUACUACGGAACGGAGCAGAGGCAUGGGCAUUAUACCAACAGAUGACAGCCGGACAAGUGCGAGUAGGGGCGAGGGGGGCAGUUGGGGUGGAUGGGAAAGGAGAGUUGGCGGGCAGUGGGGCGAUAGGGGCCUGGAGCAGCAGCGGUGGUGGUGUGAGCGGUGAUGGUAAGGGCAGCAGCAUUGCUGUCAGCAGUGGCAGUGGUAGCAGCAGCAACAGCAGCAGCAUUGGUAGUGGCUGGAGCAGCGAUUCGGAUGGGUAUGGGGAGAGAAUGGAGGAGUGGAGUGGGUUUAGAGGGGUGGAGGAGUGGGGGGGAGGGGAGCGGGAUGUUGCUGGUCGGGGCAGCAGGGGUGGGGGUGGAAUGGAGAGGAGAGGGGAGAAUAGAAGCGGUGAGAUGGAUAGGGGUGACAAUAGGGUUGAGGCGGAUAGGGUUGAAACGGGGACCGCAGGGGAGAUGGAAGAGAGGAAGAGGGGAGAAGUGGCAAGAUGGAGAGGGGAGGGGAGCAGGUUUGAACGAGACUCGCGUGGAGAUGGGACUGAUGGGACUGCUGGGACUGAUGCACCGGCACAUGGCACUGUGGCUACUGGGAACGCUGGUCUUGCUGUGGUGAUCAAGGGAGGAGAAGGAGGGGGAGCAGGAGGAGAAGAAGCAGAAGAAGAAGAAGAAGAAGAAGAAGAAGAAGAAGAAGAAGAAGAAGAAGAAGAAGAAGAAGAAGAAGAAGAAGAAGAAGAAGAAGAAGAAGAAGAAGAAGAAGAAGAAGAAGAAGAAGAAGAAGAAGAAGAAGAAGAAGAAGAAGAAGAAGAAGAAGAAGAAGAAGAAGAAGAAGAAGAAGAAGAAGAAGAAGAAGAAGAAGAAGAAGAAGAAGAAGAAGAAGAAGAAGAAGAAGAAAAAGAAGAAGAAGAAGAAGAAGAAGAAGAAGAAGAAGAAGAAGAAGAAGAAGAAGAAGAAGAAGAAGAAGAAGAAGAAGAAGAAGAAGAAGAAGAAGAAGAAGAAGAAGAAGAAGAAGAAGAAGAAGAAGAAGAAGAAGAAGAAGAAGAAGAAGAAGAAGAAGAAGAAGAAGAAGAAGAAGAAGAAGAAGAAGAAGAAGAAGAAGAAGAAGAAGAAGAAGAAGAAGAAGAAGAAGAAGAAGAAGAAGAAGAAGAAGAAGAAGAAGAAGAGAAGAAGAAGAAGAAGAAGAAGAAGAAGAAGAAGAAGAAGAAGAAGAAGAAGAAGAAGAAGAAGAAGAAGAAGAAGAAGAAGAAGAAGAAGAAGAAGAAGAAGAAGAAGAAGAAGAAGAAGAAGAAGAAGAAGAAGAAGAAGAAGAAGAAGAAGAAGAAGAAGAAGAAGAAGAAGAAGAAGAAGAAGAAGAAGAAGAAGAAGAAGAAGAAGAAGAAGAAGAAGAAGAAGAAGAAGAAGAAGAAGAAGAAGAAGAAGAAGAAGAAGAAGAAGAAGAAGAAGAAGAAGAAGAAGAAGAAGAAGAAGAAGGGGGUGUAG